CUCCUGCUGCUGCUCGUGCUCGCGCUGGAAAGCCGCCGCGAAGCGUCAUGCCAACGAAUUUAAAGCUCUGAAAGCUUUCAAACGAGUGACGACCGAAUAAAAGGAAAACACGCGUUUCUUUUCCUUUUAUUUAUUUCACAGAAGUGAAAACCAAGCCUCGCUAACCUUUUCUAGGUCCGCUUUCCGCCGUUUUUGCGUGAAAAAUGUAAACAUUAAAUGUCUCAUCUCCCGGGCUACAGCGGCUAAAGGCAGAUACACACCUGCUCAUAAAGACUUCAGCCUUAUUCUUACUGAUAUAUGUCUGCUUGGUUCCUGUAGAGACAGCCAGAGACCCAACUGUGUGUGCGUGCUUGCGAGUUAAGCGCGGUCAGCACUAUGACUGAUGGGGACUAUGAUUAUUUGAUUAAACUCCUGGCUCUCGGUGACUCAGGAGUGGGGAAAACAACCUUCCUUUACCGCUAUACAGACAACAAGUUCAACCCCAAAUUCAUCACUACCGUGGGCAUUGACUUCAGGGAAAAGAGAGUGGUGUACAGCGCUAACAGCCCUAAUGGGACUACAGGGAAGACGUUUAAAGUUCAUCUGCAGCUCUGGGACACAGCAGGACAGGAGAGGUUCAGAAGCUUGACGACGGCCUUCUUCAGAGACGCGAUGGGAUUCCUGCUCAUGUUCGACCUGACGAGCCAGCAAAGCUUUCUGAACGUCCGCAACUGGAUGAGUCAGCUACAGGCGAAUGCCUACUGCGAAAAUCCAGACAUCGUCCUCAUCGGAAACAAAGCCGACCUGGCGGAUCAGAGAGAAGUUCAGGAGAAGCAAGCGAAAGAACUGGCAGAUAAAUACGGCAUCCCGUACUUUGAGACGAGCGCAGCGACGGGCGCGGCAGUAGAUAAAGCCGUGGUCACUCUGCUCGACCUGGUGAUGAAGAGGAUGGAGCAGUGUGUCGAAAAACCAGAGAAAGUCGACGCACAUCAUACAGACAGCACCAGCAAGCUGAGCGGCGCGCCAACAGCGGAGAAAAAGUGCGCCUGUUAGAAAUUGCCUUAUUGCGCCCUCAUGUGGACGGAUGUGGAGUUACAGCUCAGUCCUGUACGUACAUCGUGUGGUUAUGAAAGCAGGGCGCUGGAUCUGUAUGUAAAUGCGUUUAAAACGUCUGAACAGUUCUUUCUUGUUUGUAGUACAUCUAGUGCAUUUUGAAGCGGAAGAAGAAGAAGAAAAAAAAAAUAAUCUGGUUAAUAAGCUUUUGGUCUUUUUCCACCUCAUAAUUGGUCAUUUAAACACCCAUUUAAACACGGAUUCUUUAUAACAAUAUUUAUUUCUUUAUAAAUUCUUUCUGACAGGUUGAGUUUUUUAAUACUCAGUUUUUAAAUACUCGCAUUAAAGCAUGAACGUGCUUAAUGCAUGACAGAAUGUAUAGAUUUAGUCCUCCAGUCCACUUUUAUGAAAUGAAUGCGUCCUGCCCUUUAAUUACUCAUGACUAGAGUUAUCAUAACUAUAUAUAUUGUGUGUGUGUGCGCGCGCACAUCUCCAAUGCACUUUGGGGGUGAUUCUGAAAGUGUUCUAGUCAACAAGGUAUUCAUUCUUUAGAGUCUCUGUUAAAUAGAUGCGUUAACUACGACAAAGCUAUUCUAGAUACGUUACGUUAAUUAAUAUAAGAAUUAUUUAAACACCGAUAUUUAAGACAGAAUAUCUACGAAGAUUUUAAAACAUAUCGUUUAGAUUCUACACUUACCGCACUGUUCAUUUUACCAAAUGUAUGUUUUGGUUUCCACAUGCCUAGAUUUAGAAUUAUUUACAUUAUAUUUAGCCGUUUUUCUAGGCGAGCUGCACCCUAAAACACAGUUAACUCCAUUUACUUUAUAUGUCCAAUUUCAUCUUAGGUUUUAGGUUUAAAAGGUUCACAACGGAUGCUGGGUUUUGGUCCGCCGUACUGAUGUAGCGUUGUCAUGGAAAUUCUUAUUUUUAGUUUUUGUCUCAAUACGUUGAGUAAAAGGAACAGAUUAGGCUCGGUACUAAAAUACUGCAUGACUUUCUAUGGCUGUUAAAAGAAAUAUUAAAGGCAUAUUUUUGCUCAGAAUUGCUAAUUUAGCUACAGUGGUCGCAACAUAUGGAUAAGAACGGCAUACGUACAGCUUUAAGACAUAGCAGAUAAAGUAAUAACAGGGUUGGUGAUUUGGGGUAAAAGAUUCCUUCUCUUUUUAAUAGUAAAGUGUAAUGCUAAAUUAUCUGCGUCCACUCACUGAAAGGUCUGUUUUUUUUUUUUUUUCAAGUGACAAAUAUUUUAGACACUUAGAAAUGGAUUGUUGUAGAUUUACACCCAUCAGCAAUAACAUUAAAAGCACCGACAGGGGAAGUGAAUAACACGGACCAUCUUGUUACUGUACAGUGGCACCUGUCAAGGGGUGGGGUAUAUUUAUUAGGCAGCAAGUGAACAGUCAGUUCUCGGAGUUGAUGUGUUGGAAGCAUACGGAUCUGAGCAACUUUGACAAGGGACAAAUCGUGACGGUUGGACGACUGGGUCAGAGCGUCUCCAAAAUGGCAGGUCUCGUGUGGUGGUCCUGGUAUACAAGUGGUUAGUACCUAAAAAAAAAUUUAAAAAAUAGCGGUCCAAGGAAGGACAACCGGUGAACCGGCGACAGGGUCAUGGGCGCCCAAGGUGUUGACGUGUGUGAGGAGCGAAGGCUAAACUGUCAGGUCUGAUCCCACAGAAGAGCUACUGUAUCUGUAUCACAGGACGCACUACGGGAAGAAGGCAAGCCGGCAGAGGAAGUGUGAUGCUCUGGGCACGGUCCUGCUUGGAGGCCUUCGGAUUGUGGAUGUUAGUUUGACUUUUAUGUACCAUCUACCGAAGCGUCGUUGCAGACUAAGUACACUCCUUCAUGGCAACAGUGUUCCUUAACGGCAGUGGUCUCUUUCAGAAGGAUAAUGCGCCAUGCCACACUGCAAAAAAAUUGUUCCGGAACGGUUUGAGGAACAUGACAGAGUUCAAGGCGUGGACUCGGCCUCCAAAUUCCCCAGAUCAGUCUGAUCGAGCGUCUGCCGGAUGCGCUGGACAAACAAGUCCGAUCCACGGAAGCCGCACCUCGUGACUUAACUCACAGGCCGUAAAGGAUCUGCUGCAAAUGUCUUGGUGCCAGAUACCACAGCACACCUUCAGAGCUCUUGUGAAGUCCAUCAUAUGCCUCGACGGGUCAGAGCCGUUUUGACGGCACGAGGGAGACGUACACAAUAUUAGGAAGGUGGUUUUAAUGUUAUGGCUGAUCGGUGUAUAUAACAUGUCUAUAAAGCAGGCUCACAAAUUCAACUAAAAGCCAGUGAAUGUGAAGCUGUAAUGAUUGGGGUGAAAACAUGGGCGUCUGGGGUAGGAGCUGAAGCUCCAUGUAGUCUUUCUCCCAAACUUCAGUUAUUUCAUAACAUCCUUUUUUCUAAAAUGAUCUAAAAUGAAGUGUUUUGGACAGUGUGUGUAGGUUUGAUGGUGCAAUUGAUCAUUUUAACCACUUUGUGUAUUAUAUGUAGCUCCAAAAAAAAAAAAAAAAAAAAAAGUCAGACCGCCUACACGAUUAACUUCUCGCAUGCGGUUUGUGUGCCAAAAACUUUUUGUAUCGUAUUAAUUAGUUUAAUACAGCUUGCCUUUGACGAGCAUUAAGUGCAGAUUCAUUAUCAUGUGUACCAAGUUUAUAAAUAAAUGAAUUUGGUACACAUGAGAAUGAAUUUUUAUUAUUUUUAUAUAUAUAUAUAUACACACACACACACAUGGUAUGUAGGUGUUUUUAAUUUGGUGUGUCUACAUGAGUUCACAUUAUAAUUCUAGAAAACAUUAUCAAGAAAGAGUCAUUGAGAAAAAUUUUAAUCGCAUGUUAUUUGCUUCAUAACUUGAUGCUGUUUUAGUGUAUUUAGUAAUUAGCUAAUAGCCUGCUAGUUAAUCGCUAGCACACCGAGCUAAAGCUAAAGCCUGUCUGAGGGCACAGGGAAGGUACACAAGUGUAACUACUACCUACAUGUCACCCAUUACAUAGCGAACCGACCAUUUAUUACAUUACACAAUUACUUGAAAGUCAAAUGAAUAAAAGGGCAUCACCGAUCAUAGUCGAUUCGAAACGUUACCCGGUGCUCACUGUGCAUUAUGGGUAACACUCACAUUCCAUUAGGCGCUGAGAACUACAUACACCAUACAAAUGGCGAUGAAAAAAAGUCUUGUUCAAAUGGAGUCUAUGCAUUAUUUGUGUUUGGGACAUUUCCACAAGUGGCUGUGCUCUAGUAAGUACACGUACUAAAACUUACACUUCACUCGUUCAUUUUUCCCGAACCGAUACAAUGAGCUAAACCGAGUAUUUUCAAAAGCAAGACAUUUUUCGAACCUUUAUACGACAGACGUGAUCGCUGUAAUGAAAAGUCGAGUACUCCAUCUUUGAACGGCUGGAACUUAUUAACUGGCAUCCGGGGUUACAAGUAGAAUUGCUGCAAAACACAUAGAAGGAAAAAUCUGCUUUAUGUGUCGAGUAUCUCGGUAGAACUCUUAGUAAACGUUCUCAUUCUAGUCUACAGUGCGUAGCGUUUUUAUUUCACCCUUUUGGAUUUUAUUUUUCAUCUUUAAUUAUUGCUCCAACACAUGAUUUCACAUACUGACCCCACCCCCAUCGAUAAAUAAAUAAGUCACUUAUAGAAUUGCCCAAACUUACAACUUCAACAAAACUUGCAAAUUUUUGUGCUCACUCAGUCACACAGUCUUAAAGUGCGAUCUACUAAAACACUACCAACACAUUCGCCUAAACACCGCUUUAAAUACGUAUAUGAUUUUAAGGUGAAUGUUAUCCUUUUCAGUGCCAAAACACACAAAUGUUCCGAUUUUCCCUACCAAUUUAUGAAACCAUGAGGGCUUUGCCAUCCAAUGCCAAUUUUCGGAGCAAAGGAUCCUCUCGGAAUCUCGUCAGCCUUCGACCAGUACACGAUUACAAACGGCUACCUAAUACUAAAUUUGAGGAAAUCUCGAAAGUUUACAUUAGUUCUCUCUCAUUGUGCCUGUUCUAGCUCUAGUGACCAAUGACGUGCUGUGCAAACCUGCAGACCUUUAUUACAGUGUGUACACAGCUCUUAUAAAAACGAAUGCAUAUAAAGUAGGUACGGAGUGUAACAGGAAACCGGGUCUGUUUACUGGGAGAACAUUAAAAUGACGAGUGUUCUGUAUGUUCCUUAUGAAUAAAGAAAAAUGCCUACA